ACAGUACCGAAAGUCAAACAAGGAGAAUGCUUACGUGGCUAGAUCUCGGCGGAUAAGUCGAAGCAACAUAAUCGUUAGUCGUACAGACACUACUGUCGUUUUUCAUACUUUAAAGGCAUCACGACCGUUUAUUUCAAUUACUUUCUGUUCCAUCUUCGUCAUCGGCUAUGGCUCUCGCUUUUCUCUCCCUACUAUUGCUUCUCCUCUUCCCUCUAUCUCUCCUCCUCAUACUGCACCUUAUCGUACGGCCGAAGCCGGUUAAAAUCCCAAUCAAGAACAGGCACGUGUUCAUUACUGGCGGUUCUAGUGGAAUCGGGCUGGCCCUGGCCCAUCGAGCGGCGCAAGAAGGGGCCCGUGUCUCCAUCCUGGCGCGGUCCCUCCAAAGGCUGGAAGAAGCGAAACAGUCAAUUCACCUGGCCACGGGAAUCGAAGUGGCGACGUACGCGGCGGACGUUAGAAAUUUCGAGGCUGUGAAGAAGGCUGUUAAUGAGGCAGGGCCCAUAGACGUGUUGGUGGUUAAUCAAGGCGUGUUCGUGCCGCAAGAGUUGGAGGAGCAGGAAUUGGAUGAGGUGAGGUUCAUGAUUGAUGUGAAUUUGAUGGGAAGUUUUAAUAUGGUCAAAGCUGCAUUGCCGAUAAUGAAGAAGAGGGAAGGUCAUGGGCCAGCUUCAAUUGCUCUCAUGUCGUCUCAGGCUGGUCAGGUGGGUGUCUAUGGUUACACGGCAUAUUCAGCUAGUAAGUUUGGCUUGCGAGGUUUAGCAGAAGCAUUGCAGCAAGAGGUUAUUGCAGAUAAUAUCCAUGUUUCUCUUAUAUUCCCUCCUGACACAGAGACUCCUGGUCUUGAGGAAGAAACCAAGAGGAGACCGCAGCUCACCAGCAUUAUAGCAGCCUCCUCUGGUGCAAUGAAAGCAGAUGAAGUUGCCAAGAGAGCUUUAAAUGGUAUAAAAUCUGGUAGUUUCCUUGUUCCUUGCAACUUUGAGGGACUUUUACUAUCCAUUGCGUCUGCCGGUUUAUCUCCGCAAAGAUCAUCCCUUAUGGCAUUUGUUGAAGUAGUUACUGCUGGUAUCAUACGCUUUGCUGGUCUAUACUUUCAAUGGAAUUGGUAUGGAAGUAUUGAAAAGUGGCAUGCAGAAAAGAAAAGUACAUAGAAGUACUUGCUGCUUGAUACAUGUGUACGCAUACGGCAUUCCUGUUGGUUUGUAGCUGUCUCAAUGGAUUGUGAACAUUGCUGAAAGGUGAUUACUGGACUUCAAUCAAGAUUCUUAUAUAAUUCUCAACAAGCAAUACUCCCGCCAUCAAGACAUUUUUAUAGUUGGGAACAAAUGACUAAUGCAGAUUAAGACCUUCAAUAGAUUAUGUACCCUUUGUACUUCAUGAUGUUGAAUUUACUGUUUUAUAUGAUUUCUGUGCAAGAAUAACAAAAACCUUCUUUACAUUGACAAUUUUACUCAAUGAAGAAGCUUAGACGUAUUAAUUACACGCACAGCAACCCAAUUCAUAUGUCAA